GAUUGGCGAAGCUCCUCCGCGGCCCAAGCCAGCCACCUACAACGUCUCUGAGAACUGAUUUGAAAUAAGAGCCAGGCGGUCCUCGCUUCCCUGCGACCGACUUUUCAUAGGCUGGGGGAGAAAAGGUUGAGAAACUUGACAUUGUCUCGGGCAGAGUGCAUGUAGCAACAGAUCAAAGAAAAAGAGGACGAAAACGUGCUCUUUGCUGCCCGUAGAUUUCGCCGGGUUGCUUUUGUCUUGGGGGCUCCUGUCGGGUUCGGUGUUUCCGCUCUGAAGACUGCGACGCGGGCUCCGAUGCAGCUCGCUCCCUGCCGGAUGGGUCAUGGGAUUCUAAACAUGAGGCAGAUAGCUGAUCAGCUUCCUUGGGUUUUGCUGAUGACACAAGAGAGCUUUGCCUGAAGAUGGAAACACUGGAGUCAGAACUGACCUGCCCUAUUUGUCUGGAGCUCUUUGAGGACCCUCUUCUACUGCCCUGCGCACACAGCCUCUGCUUCAACUGCGCCCACCGCAUCCUAGUAUCACACUGUGCCACCAACGAGUCCGUGGAGUCCAUCACCGCCUUCCAGUGCCCCACCUGCCGGCAUGUCAUCACCCUCAGCCAGCGAGGUCUAGACGGGCUCAAGCGCAACGUCACCCUACAGAACAUCAUCGACAGGUUCCAGAAAGCAUCAGUGAGCGGGCCCAACUCUCCCAGCGAGACCCGUCGGGAGCGGGCCUUUGACGCCAACACCAUGACCUCCGCCGAGAAGGUCCUCUGCCAGUUUUGUGACCAGGAUCCUGCCCAGGACGCUGUGAAGACCUGUGUCACUUGUGAAGUAUCCUACUGUGACGAGUGCCUGAAAGCCACUCACCCGAAUAAGAAGCCCUUUACAGGCCAUCGUCUGAUUGAGCCAAUUCCGGACUCUCACAUCCGGGGGCUGAUGUGCUUGGAGCAUGAGGAUGAGAAGGUGAAUAUGUACUGUGUGACCGAUGACCAGUUAAUCUGUGCCUUGUGUAAACUGGUUGGGCGGCACCGCGAUCAUCAGGUGGCAGCUUUGAGUGAGCGCUAUGACAAAUUGAAGCAAAACUUAGAGAGUAACCUCACCAACCUUAUUAAGAGGAACACAGAACUGGAGACCCUUUUGGCUAAACUCAUCCAAACCUGUCAACAUGUUGAAGUCAAUGCAUCACGUCAAGAAGCCAAAUUGACAGAGGAGUGUGAUCUUCUCAUUGAGAUCAUUCAGCAAAGACGACAGAUUAUUGGAACCAAGAUCAAAGAAGGGAAGGUGAUGAGGCUUCGCAAACUGGCUCAGCAGAUUGCAAACUGCAAACAGUGCAUUGAGCGGUCAGCAUCACUCAUCUCCCAAGCGGAACACUCUCUGAAGGAGAAUGAUCAUGCGCGUUUCCUACAGACUGCUAAGAAUAUCACCGAGAGAGUCUCCAUGGCAACUGCAUCCUCCCAGGUUCUAAUUCCUGAAAUCAACCUCAAUGACACAUUUGACACCUUUGCCUUAGAUUUUUCCCGAGAGAAGAAAUUGCUAGAAUGUCUGGAUUACCUUACAGCUCCCAACCCUCCCACAAUUAGAGAAGAGCUCUGCACAGCUUCAUAUGACACCAUCACUGUGCAUUGGACCUCCGAUGAUGAGUUCAGUGUGGUCUCCUACGAGCUCCAGUACACCAUAUUCACCGGACAAGCCAACGUCGUUAGUCUGUGUAAUUCGGCUGAUAGCUGGAUGAUAGUACCCAACAUCAAGCAGAACCACUACACGGUGCACGGUCUGCAGAGCGGCACCAAGUACAUCUUCAUGGUCAAGGCCAUCAACCAGGCGGGCAGCCGCAGCAGUGAGCCUGGGAAGUUGAAGACAAACAGCCAACCAUUUAAACUGGAUCCCAAAUCUGCUCAUCGAAAACUGAAGGUGUCCCAUGAUAACUUGACAGUAGAACGUGAUGAGUCAUCAUCCAAGAAGAGUCACACACCUGAACGCUUCACCAGCCAGGGGAGCUAUGGAGUAGCUGGAAAUGUGUUUAUUGAUAGUGGCCGGCAUUAUUGGGAAGUGGUCAUAAGUGGAAGCACAUGGUAUGCCAUUGGUCUUGCUUACAAAUCAGCCCCGAAGCAUGAAUGGAUUGGGAAGAACUCUGCUUCCUGGGCGCUCUGCCGCUGCAACAAUAACUGGGUGGUGAGACACAAUAGCAAGGAAAUCCCCAUUGAGCCUGCCCCCCACCUCCGGCGCGUGGGCAUCUUGCUGGACUAUGAUAACGGCUCUAUCGCCUUUUAUGAUGCUUUGAACUCCAUCCACCUCUACACCUUCGACGUCGCAUUUGCGCAGCCUGUUUGCCCCACCUUCACCGUGUGGAACAAGUGUCUGACGAUUAUCACUGGGCUCCCUAUCCCAGACCAUUUGGACUGCACAGAGCAGCUGCCGUGAGCGUCUGGCCACAUGGAGCUGCUUUCUGGGGAACAGUAAGGUUCAGGCCACUAUUUAGGGGACUGAGAAAGCACAGGCUUCAUGAGUGUAAUGAAAUCUCACCAAAAGUGUCCCGAAAUCGGCUCAGAUAGGGCUCAAAACAAGAGAUCCCUCUCCUUUUACUGUGUCUUGUAUUAAGUACGGGCUUUAAUAAUUUCUUUAAUUUUUUUGUAUUUAGAGGAAAAUCUAUAGAUUAUUUAUAAGAGAAACAUAAUCAGGAUUACAACUUUUAGGAAUUACUUGGUUUUGCACAUUAAGAGGCCCAUAAGUUUAUCAGCUAUUUACAACCUUCAUUUCAUCACAAUCUAUGGGCUUACAAAAAAACAAAAACUUUUGUAGUUUUGUAUGUUAUUCAUCUUCUUACCUGAUAUCUCAUAAUGAUCCCAUGGUAGGUCUUCUCACCUCGAUGGUGCAUAACAGGAUGUGUUUGAACCUAGUAGGGGAGGAAACAGGCUUUCUUACUCUGGUUUAAUUUGAAGUGUUUUAAUUGUGAUGUCAAAAAGUUGUAUCAGAUCAACUAAAAUGGAGAGCAAGACAGAGAAUGAAAAGAGUUGAUUUUGGACCUCGGACCUUGCCGUGGCUAAAUCUUUACCUUCUGAUAGCUGAUGGGAUAAUGUUGGAAAGAAAGGUUCUGAAUCCUUUGGCCACAUUUUGCCCUGCUUCUCUCAGGGUUAAGGGUUCUGGAAGAACAUUAAGAAUGAGAUUGCAAUUGAAAAUAGUCAUUUUGAAUCCUAUUGAUUAUUCAAAAAUUCAGGCUGAUUUGUCUUUUAUCAGAGGUAGGAUUCUGUUUUAUGGUAUAGAAUCUACUUUAUCCUUCCUUUUAAUAGUUCCUUUAGACCUGUGAAAUUUCUUCACUACAUUUAAUAGUUCUCCUAUUUCCCGCUCCCCCAUAUCAAUUUUCCUUUUGUCUCCGGGGCUGAGUAAAUAAACAUGUUCUGUCACAAAUAGCAGCACCACUUUGGAUUGAUUUUGCUCUCCAGGACAUCAGCACAUGGCCCUGAUCAGCACUACCACAUCCAAACAUAAGUCACUGAAAAACACUUAAUAUUUAUGAGUUGGUAAUGACAAGGGACAUUGUAUAAAGUACUAUUUACUAGAUUCAUGCCUCAAAAGUUAUUAUAAACAGACCUUUAUUAAACACAUCUUGAAAGAUGUAGAAGUCCCUCUAUAGUCUAGUAUAGUUUACAAUAGAGUUGUAAGACCAAAAAAAAAAAAAAUUCAAACUCGUUAUUCAGGAACCUGCUUAUAAAAUGUCAGCUGGGAUUCUUUGCAUGCCAAUCUGAUGCGUUGGAAUGGUCCAUGAAUUAAGGCUUUCUUGAGCAGUUCUUGGCCCAGAACUCUGGCAUUGGUUCUAGUUUGAUGAAGGGCAUGACCUCUAUAAAUGGUUUCAAUUGCUAAAAUAUUUACCUGGGAUACUGGGUCAGCCAUUUUGACUGAGCAGACUAGUGGAUUUAGACAUUGUUUUUAGUUAUUUUGUUUUUAACCAAAUCAACCAACUGCCUCCCUGAAAUAAGUCAAUGAACUCAUUGUUUCAGCAUCACGUGGCCAAAGGUCAUGUGAUUGCAAAUCUGGAUUUCAAGGGAGGCCAAGCCAGCUUCCUGGGUCCUUCCAUCCUCUUCCCUAGCAGACACUCUCCUUUUUCUUAACAGAUAGAUUCUAUAUAUUUACUAUAUUAUUUAUACCCAGAUGAAUAUUUUGAUAGAUACCUAAGACAAUUUCACAUCUAAAAGAUGGACGCCUCAAUGGAAAAAAAACAAUCUUUCUCUGGAAACCUUAUAGGUUUUUCUUUUUAUUACAAUAUAAAAGCAAUGUGUGUUUGCCUUCUCUGAAUAAACUGAAAGGGUUGUCUCAGUAAUUUUUACAUACAUUUUGGGUAACUGGAUAAUGGAUAUUUUAAUGCACUUUGUACACUAACAGGUUCUAAAUAAAAGGGUCUAAAACUCAGCUUCUGAGUUUUUAAAAUCACGGUCUCCAGGUACCAAUAAAUGCUACAGUUUGCCUUAUGAUGUUAACAUAAAACACUUAGUAGAAGGACAAUAUUUCCAUGAAAAUAAUGUUUUUCAAUAUUAAGAAGUUACUACUCAAAUUUUCACAGUAAGCCAUUUAGGGUAUGUUUGGCUAUUUUUAUAAGGACAUGAGAGAUUAUGUCAUAAUUUUGUUGUGGAAGUCUCACUCUUGGCUAACUUAAAAGCAUUGUGGAUAGUAGCAGUUACUAGUUCCAGGUUGUCAUAUUUACAGGAAAAUAUGUAUAUGGUGAAAGGCCACCGUGUUUAAUUACUAUAAUGAUGUAGAAAAGAUUCCCGUGUGAAUUUUUUUUUUGAAAGUCUAAAAAAUGUAUGCUGUAAAAAUUUGCUGCAGUGUAAUUUUGCAUUCUCUUUAAACUGAUUGAGGUCACAGUAUUUUAUUAUUUGGGGUCCUCACCACAGGAAACACUGCGAUACAGGGGCAAAAGAGAUGGCAGUGCCAAUUAAAUUAAUACAACAAAAUCAAUGCAGCACCAACCAAGACUGCCAGGUCUGGUGUCAUGGGUAUGCCCAGAGCCCAGGAGUUCAGAAGGGCCCUAAGCUUGAUUUAAUGCUCUGCUGUUGAUGUCUUGAAAUUCUUAACAAUUUUUGAACAAGGGGCCUGCGUUUUCACUUCGCACUGGGCCUUGCAAAUUACAUAGCGAGUGCUCAUAAAAGAACUCAGAAACGUGGUACCUCUCUUCCUGGUGGAUACAAAUAAAGAAAUCUGGAUCCAAAGUUGAAAGUUGCUGGCGAUAUCAUUCAAGUAGGACUCUAAAUAGUGGAUUAAGAUGAGGGUGGGCCUGGGUGAAGAUUAUUUCCAGCUUUAAAAGAAAGUGACUUCAAAAACUGACUGCAAAUAUUGACGAUGGUUUCUGCUGGAGGAAAAGAAACAGCUUGAAUACAGACAGGCUUUUUUAUUACGGUACUGAUAUACUGACCUUAAACUUGCUGAGGAACUGAACUAACGUCCUCCAGUGACCGUGGAAUUCCAUCUCAGCUCCAGGAACAUGCAGAUACCUGCAAAGAGACACGCAUAUAUGCUGGCAUACAUGUGCAUUUGGUGUUGGGAAGUUGACCAUCUGGUCUAUCUUAAUAAAAUGGUAAAAAGCAGACCAAGACAAUGAUGGGGGCAGGAGGAUGUUUUUGAAAACAGCGCUUCUCAACCAGUGCUCGAUUUUGCCCCCCAGGAGACAUUUGGCAAUGCAAUGGCAACUUUUGGUUGUCGCAGCCGGGGAAGGGAAGCUACCAGCAUCUAGUGCGUAGAGGUCAUGGACGCCGUUAAACAUCCUACAGUGCAAGCGCAGCCCCCGACCACGAAGAGUUGUCUUGCUCAAAUAUCAACAGUGCUGCAGUGUAGAAACUUGAUCGUUGGUUUUCUUUUAAUGCAAAACUCUCAUAAAAACCUUUCACUUUUCCUGUCAUUGAUUAUAUGCUUGAUACACCCAAAAAGAAAAGGGGAGGGGCACCAAUUCACCUACACUCCAGUGGCUCCAUCACCUUUAAAAAUAUUUAUAAAAUAGUUACAAAAAUCUGAUAUCUGAAAAGCAAUCCAAGCCUGUGUAAAUGGGAAUCACUGAUAAGUAUCAUCAUCUGUAUCAGCUUAGCUUGGACAUGAAAAAUUGAUUCUCUUUAUGUCACUCCUUGCACCUGGACAAAUUCAACCCCCGGUACUUAAGUCACACUGCCAAGCCCUCGGCCCUGACUAUUGUCUUGAUUGCUGUUGCUUUCUGGUUCAAAAUAAAAUCAUUUUUGUGGCACCAAGA